GGCGCCGCGUGCCGUCGUUGAGUGACGUGUGUGCGUUUGGCGCGCGCGGCGGCCCGUACUGUGGAGCCUGCUGGCUGGCGCGGUGGCGGGAUGGCGGGCGCGGGGCCGGUGGCGCAGGGCCUGAAGGAGGCGCUGGUGGAGACGCUGACCGGCAUCCUGUGCCCGGUGCAGGGCGUGCGUGCGGCCGCGGAGGAGCAGGUGAAGGUGCUGGAGGUGACCGAGGAAUUUGGCGUUCAUUUAGCAGAACUGACUGUAGAUCCCCAGGGAGUAUUGGCCAUUCGUCAGAGUGAACUGAUGCAUUGUGAAGGGCAUGAUUCAGUCCUCAUACUGUCUCCGGAUACAGCCUUGUUAAUCUGUUACAGAACUGCAGAGACAAUGUUAGCAUCUGUAAUUUUGAAACAAUAUGUGGAGACUCACUGGUGUUCCCAGUCAGACAAGUUUAGGCAUCCAGAGACCACAGAAAGGGCAAAAGUUGCCAUAAGGGAGCUGUUACCCAAUGGACUGAGAGAAUCUAUUAGUAAAGUGCGAUCAAGUGUUGCCUAUGCAGUUUCAGCCAUAGCCCACUGGGACUGGCCUGAGGCUUGGCCCCAGCUUUUCAACUUGUUGAUGGAGAUGCUGGUUAGUGGUGAUCUGAAUGCAGUGCAUGGAGCCAUGAGAGUACUUACAGAGUUUACCCGCGAAGUGACAGACACACAGAUGCCACUCGUCGCUCCUGUUAUUCUUCCUGAGAUGUACAAAAUUUUCACAAUGGCGGAGGUGUAUGGUAUUCGCACGAGGUCACGUGCAGUAGAGAUCUUCACCACAUGUGCCCAUAUGAUCUGUAACAUGGAGGAGUUGGAGAAGGGUGCAGCCAAAGUCCUGAUCUUUCCUGUAGUGCAGCAGUUCACAGAGGCCUUUGUUCAGGCCCUACAGAUGCCUGAUGGCCCUACAUCUGACAGUGGAUUUAAGAUGGAGGUCUUAAAGGCCGUGACAGCCCUAGUGAAGAACUAUCCUAAACACAUGGUUUCCUCCAUGCAGCAGAUCCUGCCGAUUGUUUGGAAUACACUUACAGAAAGUGCAGCCUUCUAUGUGAGAACAGAAGUGAAUUAUACAGAAGAGGUAGAGGACCCUGUGGAUUCUGAUGGUGAAGUGUUGGGCUUUGAAAACCUAGUGUUCAGCAUAUUUGAGUUUGUACAUGCCUUGUUGGAAAAUCACAAAUUUAAAAGCACAGUGAAGAAAGCUUUGCCAGAGCUGAUAUAUUACAUCAUUCUCUACAUGCAGAUCACAGAGGAGCAGAUAAAAGUCUGGACUGCAAAUCCACAGCAAUUUGUGGAGGAUGAAGAUGACGACACUUUUUCUUAUACAGUAAGGAUUGCUGCACAGGACUUGUUGCUGGCUGUUGCUGCUGAUUUCCAGAAUGAGAGUGCAACUGCUUUGGCUGCAGCAGCUACGAGACACUUGCAGGAAGCUGAACAAGCUAAAAACAGUGGUGCUGAGCAUUGGUGGAAAAUACAUGAAGCCUGUAUGUUGGCGCUGGGCUCUGUGAAAUCUGUUAUUACAGACAGUGUGAAGAAUGGUAGAAUUCAGUUCGAUAUGCAUGGAUUCCUGUCAAAUGUUGUUCUUGCAGAUCUCAACCUGUCAGUGUCUCCUUUUCUGCUUGGUCGUGCUCUUUGGGCCGCCAGUCGCUUCACAGUUGCUAUGUCUCCAGAAUUAAUCCAGCAAUUUCUCCAGGCCACAGUCAGUGGUCUACAUGAGACCCAACCUCCUUCAGUCCGGAUCUCUGCAGUCAGAGCUAUCUGGGGUUACUGUGACCAGCUGAAGAUCUCUGAAAGCACCCAUGUAUUGCAGCCUUUCCUUCCCAGUAUCCUGGAUGGACUGAUCCACUUGGCAGCUCAGUUCAGUUCAGAGGUCCUCAAUCUUGUGAUGGAAACACUCUGCAUUGUCUGUACAGUAGACCCAGCAUUUACAGCAAAUGUGGAGAACAAAAUCUGCCCCUUCACCAUAGCAAUCUUCCUCAAGUACAGUAAUGAUCCUGUUGUUGCCUCUCUCGCACAAGAUAUCUUUAAGGAGCUAGCACAAAUAGAAGCCUGCCAGGGUCCAAUGCAGAUGAGACUAAUCCCAACUCUCGUCAGCAUCAUGCAGGCUCCUGCUGAUAAGAUUCCAGCAGGGCUUUGUGCAACUUCUAUUGAUAUAUUAACCACUGUUGUGAGGAAUACGAAACCUCCUCUUUCCCAGCUCUUGAUCUGCCAAGCAUUCCCUGCGGUGGCUCAGUGCAGCCUGCACACGGAUGACAAUGCUACCAUGCAGGUGGUGAGCCAACUCCUGGAUCCCCGGACCUCAGAGUUCACAGCUGCUUUUGUGGGCAGACUAGUCUCCACACUGAUUUCCAAAGCAGGAAGUGAGCUGGGAGAAAACCUGGACCAGAUUCUGAGAGCAAUCCUUAGCAAAAUGCAACAAGCAGAGACGCUCAGUGUAAUGCAGUCCUUGAUCAUGGUAUUUGCUCACCUGGUUCACUCCCAGCUGGAGCCCUUGUUAGAGUUCCUGAGUAGUCUCCCUGGGCCAACUGGCAAGCCUGCUUUGGAAUUUGUAAUGGCUGAAUGGAUGAGUCGGCAGCAUUUGUUCUACGGACAAUAUGAAGGCAAAGUCAGUUCUGUAGCGUUGUGUAAACUCCUCCAGUAUGGUAUCAACAGUGAUGACAAGCGCCUGCAGGACAUUAGGGUGAAGGGUGAAGAAAUAUUCAAUAUGGACGAGGGAAUACGCACACGAUCCAAAUCAGCCAAAAAUCCCGAACGCUGGACAAACAUUCCGUUGUUAGUAAAAAUCUUAAAAUUAAUAAUAAAUGAACUUUCUAACGCAAUGGAAGCAAAUGCAUCUCGCCAGACAGCUGCAGACUGGAGUCAAGAUGACUCCAAUGAUAUGUGGGAAGAUCGGGAAGAUGAAGAGGAUGAAGAUGAAGGUUUAGCUGGACAACUUUUAUCAGAUAUUCUUGCCACAAACAAAUAUGAUGAGGAUUACUAUGAUGAUGAUGAAGAGGAUGAUCCAGAUGCAUUAAAGGACCCCCUUUAUCAAAUAGAUCUACAGGCCUAUCUCACUGAUUUCCUGUGUCAGUUUGCACAGCAGCCUUGCUAUGCAAUGUUCUCAGACCAUCUCAAUGAGAACGAGAGAAGAGUGCUUGAGGCCAUUGGCAUAUGAACCGUGCAGAGACCAUAUUGAUCAUAUCGGGACAAUGUUUUUCUGGCUUAUUCCAUGUUUUGUGAUUAAACAUGAAACUUUUUCCAGUGUUCACCUGUUGUUACAGAUGUGAUCUUCCUCAUCACGAAGUAUUGAGCCUUGUCUUAUCAUGACUCUGUUAAGGGAAGGAUUAUUGAGAAAGCUCUGAAGACUGAGCUUUGCACUCUGCUCUCACCAAGGGAACACUUUCGUUUUUCACAAAAAAACUUUCCAGGAGGUCCUUAAAAUAAUGUGUCCUUAAAUAUUUUUUAAAAUAAACUUUAUAUUUGCCUCUGAAGAGGCACGUCACUGAGUUUCACAAACACAGUUGGACAGAACGAGAAAGGAAUCAGGUCUUUUGUAGGUUGCUUGGAUGUGUUUUGAGACUUUGGAAGUUUUGUCCCUCUUCGCACUUGCAUAACACAUACAGGGUAAAUAUCUUCAUCUUGCCAUGUGACUUUUUUAUAGAACUAUAGACACUUUUAUCAAAGAGAUGCCUAAAUGGUAUGGAAUCUGUUUACAAGAGUUUGGAUGGGAAGCUGAAAUAAUAAAACUAAAUGAACAUCUUGUUUUGUACUGUGGGUGGGGGCUUCCAUCUAGUCUCUAACAUUGCAUCAGUUCUUUGCUAAAGCUUUUACAUGCACAUGCUGAAAGGAAGCUACCACUUAAAUCUCAAUUCUUGUGGAAUGUGGCUACUGAAGACUGGUUUUACUGAACACAAACAACCAUACUUUUUUACCAAAAAAAAAGUGUAUAUUUAACGUUCUCUUUACUCCAUAAAAACAAUUAUAUUAAAUACUUUGCUUCCUUCACACUCCUGAGGCUUGUAUGAAGUCGGUAAGCUAGAGUCCACAAAUUAGUAUGUGUAUUUUUAUAGGGUGGUAAAAUAACAUUACAAACUGAUUUAUCCAUAAGUACAGAGUGAUGUAUCUCACAACACCUCUUUGCCUUUUGUUCCCUGUUGGGGAAAAUGAAAAUAAAACUACUAAAAUAUA